CAACAUCCAUUUCUCUCUCCUUUUUUUUUUUUUUUCUCUGCUCAUUUUUGGGUAUUCUUCUUCUGGUUUUAUGUUGUUGUUACUAUUAUUAACUCGCAAUCAGCCAAAACACAAAUCCAUCUUUUUCAUAUUCACACUCUUUGACUAUUUCUAAUAGAUUCUCUUUAUAGUCACUUUGUUGGAUUUCAAAUGCAAAGUAGACCUCAUCAUCAUCCUCUAUAGCUAGAUUCUCUCAUAAGCAAUCCAUAAAACCCUCGAGCAUCCAGCAACUGUAGUGUUAUAUCCUCUGAAGAAUAUCAUAAUGCCAAGACCAAGAGUUUCAGAGUUGUCUCAGAGGCAAGCUCCAAGGCUGAGGACAUCCUCUUCUACUUCUGUCUCCAAUCAUCCCAACCGUCUCAUCACUACGGACCGGAGUUUUAAGCCUGGUGUUGUUGACCGUAGAUCUCCUAGAAGCGCUGGACCUCACAGUGAUCCUCUUCGACAGAAGAAACUUGGGGGACGAAUAUCCGAUCUAGAGUCGCAGUUAGUACAAGCGCAAGAGGAACUGAGAUUGCUCAAGGAGCAGUUGGCUAAUGCUGAAGCUGUCAAGAAACUAGCUCAAGAUGAGCUUCAUAUCAAGUCAAAGAAACCAAACCCGCUGGCUCGGGUGGAGGGGUCUGCAUCUGAUGAGGCCGCUGAGACCAUCGAUAGAGACGAAAUACCUGGUGAUGCCCAGAAAGAGACUGAUGUGUUUGAGGUUCCUGUUGAGAAGAUUGCGGUAGAGGAAGUAGAACCGAGAAGCGGAGAUGAAGAAGCUGAGAAGUUGGUUGCAAAGGAAGAUGAGAUCAAGAUGUUGAAAGCUAGACUCUAUGAUAUGGAGAAAGAACAUGAAUCACUAGGCAAAGAAAACGACAGCUUGAAGAGUCAAUUGAGCGAUUCAGCUUCAAAGAUGUCUAAUGUGAAAGCAGAUGAAGAUGAUAUGGCUUCAAAGGUGACUCGGAUUGGGGAAGAGUUAGAAGAAAGCAGAGCAAAGACGGCUCACCUGAAGGAGAAGCUCGAGUCCAUGGAAGAAGAAAAAGACGCAUUGGAGGCUGAGAUGAAGAAGCUUAGAGUUCAAACUGAGCAAUGGAGGAAAGCCGCGGAUGCUGCAGCUGCCGUUCUUUCUGGGUCAGCUGAGAAGUGUUUUGCAGGUGGGUUGUUUGAGACGACAGCUGCUGGGUUUAUUGAACCGCCAGGAAUGGUUGAUGAUUCUGAUGAUGGAUCUGGAAGUGGAAAGAGGAAGAGUUCUGGGAUGAAGAUGUUUGGUGAGUUGUGGAGGAAGAAAGGGCAGAAGUGAGAUGCAAAUGCGGUGGAGUGUGAUUCAAGAAAUUGUGUGCUCACCAUUUCUGUUUUUUUUUUUAUUAGGAUGCAUGUUGCUGAACUUAUCUGGAGAUUUUUGUAAGUUGGUCGGCUUCAUCAGAAGCUAACCUAACUAUCAAUCCAAAUCAAUUGCAGAUUCU